AUGCCCCCGGGAGUCCCCGAAAUUAGGUGUCGAGAGGCCUCGGGCAGCCCAGCGGGGCCACAGGUGCCUGCUCGGGCCUACUCUGGGUGCACCUGUAACUUGCAAGGCCUAAGUCACUCUCUUUUCAUCUCUUUCCACCUUUUUUUUUUCCUUUUAGGGGUAGCAGAUGGUGUAGGAGGCUGGAGAGACUAUGGAGUUGAUCCAUCUCAGUUCUCAGGGACUUUAAUGCGAACGUGUGAACGCUUAGUAAAAGAAGGACGGUUCAUACCAAGUAAUCCUGUUGGAAUUCUCACCACAAGUUACUGUGAGCUACUGCAGAAUAAAAUACCUUUGCUCGGAAGCAGCACUGCCUGCAUAGUGGUUUUGGAUAGGACAAGCCAUCGCCUGCACACAGCCAACCUGGGGGAUUCCGGCUUCCUGGUGGUGCGAGGAGGGGAGGUGGUCCACCGAUCGGACGAGCAGCAGCACUAUUUCAACACUCCAUUCCAGCUUUCCAUAGCGCCUCCUGAAGCAGAGGGUGUCGUCCUAAGUGACAGCCCGGAUGCUGCUGACAGCACUUCUUUUGACGUCCAGUUAGGUGACAUCAUCCUGACAGCCACAGAUGGGCUUUUUGACAACAUGCCCGAUUACAUGAUCCUCCAGGAGCUGAAAAAGUUAAAGAAUUCAAAUUAUGAGAGUAUACAACAGACCGCAAGAAGCAUUGCAGAGCAAGCUCAUGAGCUGGCAUAUGACCCAAAUUACAUGUCACCUUUUGCCCAGUUUGCAUGUGACAACGGACUGAAUGUGAGAGGAGGAAAACCUGAUGACAUCACUGUCCUCCUUUCCAUCGUAGCUGAGUAUACAGACUAACUCUCCUCGAUGUCAACCUCUGACUUUCCUCUUCCCUGUGUAUGGACUGUUCCUGCUGGCAGGACCGAGUUUUCCUUUGCCGCUGAUCUCGAUGGCCAGUGAUUUACGCCUGUCGCCUGUCUUUUUACAAUCCGGUUGAGAUCCUUGUUACGAACCACUACUGUCAUACUACUAGCUCACGUCUGCCAGCAACAGCUGAAGAAAACACAAGACUUGAAGCUCGUCCUUCAUUGCUAGUUAUCCUUUGCAGGGGGAGGUGGAAGACCUUCAGAGCCAAAAAAAUGGCUGCUAUUUUUCAGAAUUCAAUUGAAGUAUUGCAGAUGAGUAAUGUGGGUAGAUUGUAAUUCAAAACUAGAAUGUGUACAAUUUAUUUUUGAAAAAACCCACCACAAGUCAUAUACUACUACAUCUACUAGAAAAAUGCAUUACUCGUUGAAGGAAAUGUUCCACAUGAACCUUCACAUGCAUAGUCUGUUGUUGUAAGAUGAUAGAGUAUGUCUGUGUGUUUCUGGCAUAACCCCCUAUUUUUCAGGGGCUUAUAAUUCUGCUGUAAAACAUUGCUCUGAAUUCAUUUUAAGCUCUGGAUUCAUCUUAAAGUCUUGAGCCCAAGAGCCCUUUUAUUACAAAAUUGAGAGAAAAAUCAGUUUAAACUCUAUGGAUGCAAAUGUUUGUGCUUUUUAAAAAAAGAUGCUUAAUUGUGCUCCAGUGACUAAAGUUUUUGAGUAGCUCAUUAGUCCAGAUAAAAUGAGCUUAUGGGACAGUCUGGAAAAGCUUUGAGGGUUGGGAGUAGGAGAGAGGAGACACUCCUUGCCAAGUUUAAUUGGAGGUCAAGGGAGAGGAAAUAUCACUGCUUGGGUUGUGAAACAAACUCUUGAAAGCCCAGAGAUUGAAAAGUAUGGCUGAAACUCGCCUCAUUUGUCCAAAUGUGUUGCAGGGAAGUAUGCCAACAUCUCUGUGCAAGAACGGUAGGCUGGAUGGAGGUCCAGGGAUUUGAGAAGAUGGCCGUGACCUUGAAUUGUGUCAGCUUCUGGUUCCGUAGACCUGGUUAAGACCCACUUUGUGUAGCACACGCUGCAUCAAAGUUACGUUGAUCCGUGUAAGCAAAUACUUUGAGUACUGAAUGGCAAGAGCACUUAAGGGCCCCAGAAAAAAAACAUAAUUCUUUGUGAAAAUCUGACAUUGGAAGUUUCCCUUAAAGAAAUUGCGGGCUGUCAGAUUCAAACUUAAUGUUUACAGUUUCUUAAUAGCCAUUUGACAGUAUACUGUUUUCAUUGGAAUUACCCAGCAUCCAAAUUCUCCAUUAUCUGCAAGCUCACACUUAUUUACUUUUGAGGCUCAUUUGAAAGUUGACUGCUGUAAAGAUAUAUUUUUGGGUCAGUUUUCCUUUUUCCAUUAACUUGGUGGUAGAAAGAUAUAUACUUAGAAAUCCUUAAAUUAAAGCCAUGUUUUAUAUAUAUAAAAAAAAGUCAGGUAACAUUGGUGUUUAGAUGAGAAUGCAAUUAAACCAAACGAGUUUCUACUUGAGGAGAAUGUAGAAAGUCUGUUUUCCUCUAAAGAAGAUCUUACUCUGCCCGGUUUAUUGCAUUAAAACUGUUCUGUUUGAGGUUACCUCAACUGGUUUUAAAAGAUUUUUUUUUUUUGUGAAGUUGUACUGUAUAUUUGCAAAACUGUAUGUCAGGCUUUGGUUUUAUUUAAAAAUUGUUUAACAUGUACCAUGUACAUGUCAUUACUAUAUUUCAAAGCAUCAUGCUUGUAACAGGCAUUUCAUUUAUAAUGAGAAUGAGUUAUUCAUUUGUAAGCCGUUCAGUAAUUUAUCUACUAUUCCUAAAUUGGCAUAAUGUUAGAUAUAUAUUUUGAAUCACCUUUAAUUACAUGUCAGAAUGCCUUAACUACCCUAACUUGAUACAAAUAGCAUUCUUUGGUAGAGGGGGACGGGGGGGAGGGGAGGGAGUGUUAGAAUAAUGAGAAAUUGUAGUGCUGUGAUAAAACAUGGAAGAGUGAGUGUGGCACAUGGCGGGUAUUUAUUUUGCACAAACUAUUUGCAGUCUGUAUGUUUUUAAGAAACAGAAGGUUGCAUCCAGAUGGAAUUUUUUUGAAAGGAAUAUAUUCAUACUUAUGCUGAUGGCUUAAUUUCUCUUGUCUGGGGGGUUUCCAUUUUCUUCUGGUCUGAGGCCUUUGGCCUCACGAUCUGGAUGUUUCUGCAUUAAUUUUCCAAUGCCUACAAUUUUGGUUCCUGGGAGGAGGAGAGCUGGCAAAUGACCGGCUCAGGCUCUGCUCAGAUGAAACCCCAAACAGUCGUUCUAGAACUAGGCAGGUGGUAGUUUCUACAGUUUACUUAAUCAGCUUAAAGUCCUGCUUGACAAAUGGUUGUUACAGAAGAAAACUGACGUUUUGUCUCCGUAAUGUCGCGAGGAGUCCUAUGGAGAAGUUCCCUAGUACUUGACCUACAGAUUAAUGACCCAAAGUAUUUUCUCAUUUUGUAUCCCGCCCUUCCCCAGUCUUUCUUCCCUGUGCUGGGUUACCUCCACUCUUUUGUAACUGCUCGGGGGCUCCCAAUAAGCUCCUGCGCCCCCCCCUUUCCCUCAGUGGUUCGAGAUUGUUGGGCCCUUUUGGGGACCCUCGAUCUUGGGGAACGACUGCCUGAGCUGUGCCACUUAGUAAGUCUGUCUCUAAAGCUGAUGUUUGUGCUAAUGAUAGCUUAAAUCAAGCAGUGUAAGUGAAGCCAUUUGCCUCAUGUAAUGGACUUUUAUAGCAAACGAGAAAAUUUGGAUUUUUAAUUUACAAAUUACAAAUUAUUUAUCCCUCACUGGAUGCACCAAAGACCAGUAAAGUUUAUAGCUUUUCCAUCUAUAUUUAUAAAGCAAUACUGUAUUAUAAAGAAUUAAUAUUUUUAUCACAUGCUUGAAAAUUUUAUUUUGUUCUGUUUGAAAAUGUGCACUCUAAACAUAUCAAAACCUUAUUUCUUCCUAUGAACUUAAGCUGCCUGCGCACAAAAAAAAAUCUACUGAAUGGAGAUACAGUGGGGUCCAUGUGGUUGGUUUGUUUUUUGUUUUGUUUUGUUUUUUUGGUUAUUGUCAUUGUUUUUAAAGCCCAGGGUAGAGGGGAGGAGAAAAAUAAGGGGGAAAAGCUAUUUUUUUUUUGUCCAAUAAUAGGGUAAUGUAGUGGCUCGAUGUGAUUGAUGGGUACUUAACCACAAAGAGAAUCCAUUCCAGGUAUGUUUGUUUGGGGGUUGUCCUUGUAUCAAAUAUUAGGUUCACUGCUUUGCGUGAUGGAGGAAGUUUCCUCUGUGGAGGCAACUGCUCUGAAGUCAAUAUCCCGCAUCAAGUAACGAGACGGGGAAUGUGGGAUUUCUUUGGGGAAAGUCCAUGUUAAGGCUACGUAGAGAAGAAGGGUUUGGACUAGAAAACGUCUUUGCUUUCACAUGUCAAUGAUUCCUUGUCACCCUACUCGCUGUCUUUUGUUUGAACUACCACAUCCAAUUUCCCUGGGGACAAAAGUAAUACAUGUUUUGUACGGAAAGAAAAAAUUUCAAAUACAAGAAAUCAGAAUCUGAUUCCAUUUAGAGAACUCACAUGAGAUUUGGAUUCAAGUCAUAAUGAUAUUGGGGGGGGGGGAAGAGAGUUCUGAAUUGAAAAUUGGCUGUUUCUGUUCAGAGAUCACAGAUGUAUCAGAUGGCUUAUGGCAAAAUUGGCUAAAAUAACAAAACAAAAUUGAAUCUGUACCUGUACUAAUGAGAAUUUUUUUUCUUUUGAGACUAUCAUUACCUGUCUUACAAGAGGCAAGUACCUGAAUUGGAUGUCUGAAGUAUAACUUAUGCAGGAAUAGUUCUGUACAUACAUUUAAAUAAACUGUAAAGAUAUUUAAUAAAUAUAGUAUUUAUACUAAAAA